AUGACGACCAUCAUGGAUGUAGUCGUGCCCCAGAAGAAGAAGAAGAAGCCCAGUGGAAACCUAGCUGAUUGGGAAUUGUCUUUUGCCACUGUUGCGGCAAAGAUGGGUCCUUCAGAUCUAGCGGAUUUCCUCGAAAAAGUUCCGGACGAGUAUCCGCCUGUGCCCAUGUUUCGGCUAACUAGAUUUCUCGAUUACUAUGACGAUGCACUUUCCGGAGUACCAUCAUGUCCAUGGUGUAAGAUGUUCAAGGACUCUGAUUUGGCCAGCCUGAUCGAUGUUCCGUUAACUCAUAUUCCUGAACCUGUCCUCCGAACAUCAGUCGAAUGGCUCAACCAACAAGUUCCAAAGAGUGUUCGCACAAAAGACUAUGUUCCCAAGGGUGAACUGUUAUUCAUAAUGGGCAAGACUAAGUUGGCAAUGUUUGUUACAUUAGCAAUGAUUUUGCGUAGCAAACCUCAUGUCUUAAUUGAGGUUUUGCCCUCUCUGAGGAGGUUUGCGCCUUUCUAUCAAGUACAGGGCCAGAUUCCGCUUACACUUUGGUUCAUUACUCAGGCCACCAAAGAUGAUUUAUCUCUAGGCUUGCUUUCAUGGGCGCAUAACUUGUUACCUUUAGUCGACAGCCAUCCUCAGUCCACAGAUGCCAUCCUCGACUUUGUCGAGAAGUACGUUUUACUGUUUUGCAACUUACAAAACAAAAAACAAAAAACCUUACUUAAUGCGUGUCUGUCGAUUCUGGUCACGAGUGUGGUCUUUAAUUUUGUGUGCACACAGCCUACUACAAGUAGGUUUAAGGCAAUUUACCCCCUGCUGAAACAAUUAGCUCUUGUCCGUACAACAAGCAAUAGCCGGGCAAUAAUAGAAGAAAAGAUAUUCACUGUUUCCUUGAGAUUAUCUGGAGAAGAAAAUACUGCUUUAGCCGAGGAAGCUAGAUCAAUCGCUCUCUGGUCUCUGACUGUUGACAAGGAUUGCUGGGAGAUGUGGCGAAAUCUCUGCGAUAGAAAUGUAAAAGUGAGUCUUGAUAUUUUUAAAACACUUGUAGGGAAAUUCAAGGACGGUGAACUUGAGGCAAUGAAUGAAAAGAUAUUCAAUUUUUCUUUUUAUUUAGCUGAACGAGGAAAUUUACCCCAGCAAGCUACCGCUAUCUGGUCUCUGAACAUAAUCGUUGAUUGCUGGAAGCAGAGGGGCAAUAUCUCUGUGGAUAAUCUAAAAGCUUGUGUUCGUCUUCUUGAAAAUCUUAUCGAGAGAUGUACGGAGCAUUCCUUCAAUGGAUCACCAUCAGCGAGUGAUUCGUUUGCAGGUUCACCAGGAAGCAAGGCAAGGAAACAAAUCACUCGAAAGAUAUUUACUCUCUGUUUGAAACUAGCUGGAGAAGGCGAGGAAGCUGCUACAUCAAUCGCUUCUUGGUGUCUGUCCGAAAAUGUUGAUUGCUGGAAAAACUGGGACAAUAUCUAUGAGGAGAAUCGGGAAGCUAGUGUUGCUCUUCUUAAAACGCUUUUAGAAGAAUGGAAGGAUCAUUCCCUCGAUCUAGUAUUAUCGCCUAGUGAUGCUCUCGUUAUUGGUCAAACUAUGAAGAGCUUCAUGCUACAGAACAAAAAUGCCAUCACUGAAGGACGAGCCAAAGCUUCUCUUUACAAAGAAGCUGACAAGUCCUGCAAAGUGCUCUCGUGGAGACUAUCUCGUGUAAGAAGCACCCUCAAAGCUACAACCAUUACUGCUAUGGUUCUAGUUGCUGUUGUGAUUCUUCUAGCCGCCAGUAGACAUAAUCUAUUUGGGCAUUUGGUUUUUUGGUUUGGUAUAGGUUCGUGUUUUUCGGUGUACGGAUGUUCGGUUUUGCAAAAAUUGAAAUUAUAUAUAAACCAUUUGUAAUUCAGUUUGGUUACGGUUUGGUGGACAUUUUCUGAUUAUCGUGAGGGGUUUCAUAAUUAUAACCACAAAGUUGGGAUUUGGGAGUCU